AUGAACCCACAAUGUUCUAAAUGUAAAGCAGCAAUGAGGAAAUAUAACUACUCCGUCAAAGAGAUAGAACGUAUGCGAAACGACUAUGCUGACUUAAAGAAAGAAGCAGAGAAACCAGCAGAAAAUAAAAUGGACAUGUUAGAAUUUCUAAACAAAAACUAUCCAACUGCUGACGAUUUCCUUCUUUCAGAUGUCAAGAAGAAAUAUAAAGAUACAUUCAAUAUUGUGAAAACUUUUGACAUACUGACAGAAGAAAUAGAAGCUACGAAAUUGUUUAGAAUUUCAAAUAUACAUCGUACAAUUCAUGUAAAACGCUUAUAA